AUGGGCGACGGCGGCGGCGGCAGCGGCACUGGCGUGGCGGCAGCCUCAGUGUCCAUCGGCUCCGGCACCGCAGAGGAACACGGCGGGGACGGCGACAGCAGCGGUCAGAGGUGGGGCCGUUGCGGCUGCGAGAGGUGCCCGCCCGGCGGAGCUGACCAAACCGGCGGCGUGGCGUAUGCAGGGGCGCCCGUGCCGGAGGCGCGAGCGACGGAGGCGCCGUCGGUGGAGUCGUGGGCUGAGGCGGCGGAACAUUCAACGUCAGGAUUGAAGGCAGGAAAUGGCGGUGCCGGAGGCGUCGUCGGCGGUAGUACAGGUGGAGGCGUCGGAGGCGCCGUAGUAGCAGCAGUUUGUAGUGUGACCAGUCCAUUUACGGCAGCAGGCAGCUGA